AGCUGCGACAUGGAGAUUCCGGUGCUGGACUUCAGCGUCUUCCAGCUCGGAGUGGAAGAUGUUUCGGACCAGGCGCUGCAGAAGCUGUGUGCGGAGAUCAAAGCUGCUUUCACUGAAGUCGGAUUUGUGUUUCUGAAAAACACCGGCGUUUCUCAGGGGGAGGUGGACGCUGUGAUGGUCGAGUCCAUGAAGUUCUUCCUCCUGCCUGAUGACCAGAAACGAGCCUUCAGCAGGAACAGCUUCCCCAACAACGCGAACCACGGCUGGGUGUCCCUGGAGUUGGAACGGUUAAACCCUCAACGACCCGGCGACCUGAAGGAGGCCUUCAACGCGGCGUCCUUCCAUCCAGAUAUAAAAUGGCCGUCACCGGAGUUCCAGAAGGUCCAGACGUCAUUCUUCCAGAAGUGUACGGAGCUGAGCCUGCGGGUGCUGAGAGUGAUGGCCCUCAGUCUGGACCUGCACCCCAGCGUCUUCCUUGAUGCUCACAGACUCAUUGGAACGGACAAGAACGGCACCACCCUGCGCAGCCUCUUUUACCCGCCGCUGAAGAGCGAGGAGGCAAAGGAGGGGCAGCUGAGAUGUGGAGAGCACUCCGACUACGGCAGCAUCACGCUGUUGUUUCAGAGCGCGGAAGGUCUCCAGGUGGUCGCUCACCUCUGGCGUCCCUCAGAGUCCCGUUCUAGCUCCUCUUCGCUUGUAAACGUUGUGAUUAAACACGAUUUAAUUGUGUGUCCGAUUCAGGUGCGUCAUCGUUCAGGUGAGUUCGUCUCUGCCCCCAUGGUCCCCGGAGCAGUUCUGGUCAACAUCGCCGACCUGAUGCAGCGCUGGACCAGCGACACGUUUGUCUCCGUGCUCCACCGGGUUCUGCUGCCCCCUGCUGGUGACGACAGCACUCGUCAGUCCCUGGCCUAUUUCCUGCAGCCAGAUGACAGCGCUCUGAUCACCUGCUGUGACGGGUCCAACAAGUAUCCUCCGGUCAAGUCAGGUGACUACCUGACCCAGAGAUUUCUCAGUUCCUACGGACACAAAUGAACCCAAAGGUUUUUGUUGAAGAAAACUGACCGAGGUACGACGGCACGAAUUAUAAUGACCUCAUCAAGACUCAACUCUGGGGUCGGAGUGAACCGUUCUGCAUAUUUGGCUGUCCUCUGGGCACUCUGGUUUCCUCCCACCUUCACCAAAACAUGCAGAGGUUGAUUGAUGACUCUAAAUUGUCCAUAGGAGUGGGUGUCUCCAUCUGUCCUGUGGUGGACUUGACGCCUGACUGGGGUGGCCCCUGCCUCUUGCCCUAUGUAGCAGGGGCCACCCCUAAACCCCAC